AUUCUGGUGUCGAAUUUAAAUGCUUUGCAACUCUGUAUUUUCGGAGUGUACAUAAGUCAAAAUGAUUUAUUUUUUUAUAGCUAAAAGUAUUGUGAUUAUUUUAUUGUCUUGGGAUAAGAAUUUUUUAAUAGUUUAGUGAUUAUUAUAAUAUUUUUUUAAAUAUUAAGCCUUGUAUAUAUUCUCGAGCAAUUAGUAAUAGUGUUUGAUAUCUUAACCACUUAACCAAUGGAUGCAGCAGCGAUGGCGCCUGCAUCUAAAGCUGUUCCCAACAAUGCAGCUGCCUCAGAUGUAUCUUUGCGCUUUUAUUCGUUCUUGCCUUGUACACAACCAAAAAAAACUUUGACUAGCAGUUCAAAAACAAGUGGUUACAGUACGGAUACAAGUGGUGUGCUUGUUAUCUACGAUAGCGACGAUGAAGGCUCAUCGACUAUAUCUGCCGCUUCAGAGCCACAAUUUGAGUUUCUAUGCGAAAUUGAUUUUGAUAAAAGUGUUGCGCUUCCACGACCUAUAGAGCUCAAAGUGGAUUGUAAAAAGGAGCCUGACCAUGAUCACAUCAAUCAACAACCGCAAAAGGAUAAAGCAUGUAAUGAAAAAAAUCAAACAUCAAUUCAUACAGCAGCAACAACGGAUUAUAGUGAUUGUGAAGAUGAGCUUUUAGCAUUGUGUAAAAUCGAGCCAGUUUGUGAUCUGAAUGAAGUCUUGCCACAUACAACGAACGUCGAACAUGAAAAUAAUCACUAUAUUUACUUUACCUGUCCGCAAUGUGGUGAACGCUACGAUGCACAUCCACAUUGGCGGCGCCACAUAGAAAUGGCGCAUCAGUUGGGCGAUCAAAAGAAUUGGAAUUUCAAACGACGACCGAACAACGAGUUCGAAUGUGCCAAAUGUCACGAAACGUUUACACGUUGUACGCUAAAAACAUUACAACAGCAUCACUUUACACACUUGCCACACAAAGUGUACCAUUGCAAAUUGUGUCCGUAUCAGGAGCAUAGUAUGUUUUUGAUGAUUUCGCAUAUUAUGUUGCACAAGGAGAAAGAUGCCAGCUGCAGUGGUAGCGUCAAAAGUAGCAAUGGCGCGCCGACAGCGCGUGAAAUAGCGCUAUGGGAGCACGAGAGUCGCGCUUUGAUUUCAUACAUUUGUCCGGCUUGUGGUUUAACUUUUGAGGCCGAAGAUGCUUGGCAGGCGCACAUAAAUUUUAGUCACAACUUCCUAGAAAAGACGGCGGAAAAUCGUUUUGGUGAUCAUUUCAAAUGCUCCGAAUGCACGGUCGAAAUCUUCUCGCAGCAUAUUGCCGAUCUGCAGCAACACCUAUUCACACAUUUGCCCUACAAAUCGUAUUUCAAAUGCAAAGUUUGCAGUUUCACUAUAUCGCGACGAAAUUUCAUGCUCUCCCACUUAUUUAACUUACACAAAGUACAUUUAACACCCGGCGCCAUUGCGAAUGGUGACGCCAUUUUAACACCGGCCACAUCAACAACAACAUCAGUUACCGGUGUAUCGCCUGCAGUCGUAACAACAACAACAAUGAUCACCACACCACCUGGCGAAAGCGUAAAUGACAGUCAUAUAUCAUCUGGUAGUUUGCUGGAAUCCGAAGAUAUAAAUGCCAAUUCCAUAAAUGUUUAUAACGAUGAAAGAAGCUCGCGCAGAUUUUCAGUGCCAUCCCAGCCCAUGGACAUCACAUAUGCCAACAGCGUUCCGCAAAGAUUGCCGGCAAAAUAUAUUAAGACCAAAGGCUCUUUUACAUGUAAGAAAUGCACCAAACACUAUUUGUAUCGAAAGAGUUUCGAUAAGCAUAUCCGUUUCUGCAGCAUUAUGAAUUCAACGUUUUAAGUGAUAAACAAGCAAUAUCGAAAUUGCUUAGCAGACACACAUUCAUAUUUAGGCAUAUACAUAUGUGUGUAUGCAUAUGUCUAACGUGGGUGUGACAGGCAUCACUAACAACAAAAGUCAUAAA